AUGAAACGCACAAUCCAAACCUGCAAAUUCAGCUUCAAGCCCGCAGUCGACAGGGGUCUACAAAUCCUCCUCAUGCCUUUGGCCCAAGAAAGCAGCGACGAGCCUAUGGAUACCGGCUCCGAAGUCUCUGAAAUAAAAUCAAUGUUCGGCGAUCUCGUCGACGAACACCGCAUCGCCGACGUAUACCCCUACUGGCACACCAACUGCGGCCGCUUCGACACCGACCCAGCAACAAUGAUCGAUCGCGCCCGAAUGCUACGCCUCUAUAUCCGCGACCGGGAAGAGAAGAAUGUGGUGCUGGUUAGCCAUGGUACUUUUGCUCACGCCAUCACGGGCAAUUUUUCGGAGGAGGGUGAGCAAUUGACUAGGAUGUGGGAGAAUGCGGAGUGUAGGACUUAUACGUUCAGUGAUGGGCCUGGGGCGGAGAUUAUUGAGACUGAAGAGAGUAAGAAGAGGAGGCCGAGUUUGGAGGUUUCUUCGGGAGAGGAGGAGGAGGAGUGA